UUGGCAGCUCUAGAGGACGAAGACAUGGCCAGGGGUCCUGACAACACACUGCAGUGGGCAACGCUGGUGGUGCUGGCCGCCGUGGGCACAGCAGUGACAGCGGCCACCAACCCCGGCGUUGUGGCCAGGAUCACCCAGAAGGGCCUGGAUUACGCCUGUCAGCAGGGCGUGGCCGUGCUGCAGAAGGAGCUGGAGAAGAUGAAGAUUCCCGAUAUGUCAGGAAGUGUUAAGAUGAAGCCUUUCGGGAAAGGGCAUUACAACUUCUACAGCAUGGAUGUCCGUGGAUUCCAGCUUCCCAGUUCCCAGAUGAAACUGCUUCCCGAUGAGGGCCUUGGUCUCUCCAUCAGAAACGCCAAUGUCAAGAUCGGUGGGAAAUGGAAGGCACGAAAGAGUUUCAUCAAAACCAGCGGCAACUUUGAGCUGAAUGUGGAGGGCGUCUCCAUCUCUGCUGGUCUGAGGCUGGGCCAAGAGCCCGCCUCAGGCCGCCUCACCGCCUCCUGCUCCAGCUGCAGCAGCAACAUUGACGGGGUCCGCCUGCACGUCUCAGGCAGCAGUCUGGGGUGGUUGAUCAAACUCUUCCACAAAAAGAUCGAGUCUUCGCUCCGAAAAGCCAUGAACAACAAGAUUUGCGAGAUAACGACCCAUUCUGUGUCCUCCAAGCUGCAACCUUAUUUACAAACACUGCCAGUGACAACCAAAAUAGACAAAGUGGCUUGGAUCGAUUACUCGCUGGUGGCACCUCUGAGAGUCACGGCUGAGAACCUGGAUGGGCAGAUGAAGGGGGAGUUUUUCAAUCCGGCCCACCGUGACCCGCCUCCCUUUGCUCCGCCGGCGCUGGCCUUUCCCGCCGACCACGACCGCAUGGUGUACCUGGGCCUCUCUCACUACCUGUUCAACACGGCCGGGCUCGUGUACCAUAAGGCUGGAGUCCUGAAAAUGACCCUCAAGGACAGCAUGCUUCCAAAGGAAUCCAAAUUCCAACUGACAACCAAGUUCUUCGGAAGGUUCCUGCCCGAGGUGGCCAAAGUGUUCCCCAACAUGAAGAUGCAGUUCUUCUUCGGAACCGCCUCCCCACCACAGCUCACCAUGAGCCCCGCUGGCCUUGUCCUCACCCCUACCUUGGAGGCCCAGGCCUACGUCGUCUUCCCCAACUCCUCGCUGGUCCCCCUCUUCCUGCUUGAGAUGAGCACGAACAUUUCUCUGGAGGUCAGCGCCAGGUCCAACAGGCUUGUUGGCAAGGUCAAGAUGGACAAGCUGCUCCUGAAACUGAAGCACUCGGUCAUUGGCUCCUUCCCGGUGCAGUUACUGCAGUCCAUCAUGAACUAUGUCGUGCCCACUCUGGUGCUUCCCAAGGUCAAUGAGAGGCUGCAAGAAGGCUUCCCUCUCCCGCUGCCCAGCCACAUCCAGGUCUUCAACCUGGUGAUUCGGUCUUACCAGAAUUUCCUGCUGCUCGGCGCAGAUGUUCACUAUGGCUGAAGUCGCCAUGGGUGCCCGGGGCUGUCACCCACACCAGGAGGUGAGGGGUGGCCAGCACCCGCUCCUGACCGGCCUGUGGGGCACAGGCUGCCUUUCUCCAGGCAUCCCUUUCUAGCUCUUGACCCAGAGACCCUUGCAAACUUCUCUGAAUUCAGAUUCAGAAGUGAUCUAAACAUGGGGGAAGCUUGUCCUUGGAAAAAUGUGUCAUGUGUAUUUUGGGGAUUAUGAGCUUCUUUUAAUGGCUAAGUCGGCA